AUGCCAGCUACAUAUCUGAACUGCUGUCUUCUUCCUCCUCAGUUUAGUUCAGUGGGGUGUGGCCAGAGUAAAUCUUACAUAACAAUGGCCCUGUCUCUGAAUAAAUUGAUGGGGAAUGCUGACAUCUAUCUGUGCGUGAAUGAUAGGGGGAAGGUUACCAUUAGUGCUGCAUAUGUCUCUGGACGAACACACCCUGAGCUGGCAACAGAGGAGGGUCUGUGGGGUCAGGCCUGGAGGCUUGCCGAUGGAGUCAUCCAAUGUCGUUUCCAUAGAAAAAUCCUCCUACCUAACAAGUUUAACUUCAAUCAGAGCUACUUCCUGUUUCUGGCGCAUGGUAGAUCUAACCAAGGUUUAAUCCACAGACAUGAUUGUCAGCCUAUCAUCUCCACCAAUCAGAAGGUAAUUACUGGACAUCCAAAAGAUCUAAGUGGCUCCAGCUCUCCCCUGCAGAUCAAGUUCCAUGGUGUGCUAAUGAUGACUGUCUGGAUGUGGACAGUAAGCACAGCCAUCUUCAUUGCUUGCCACUACAAACACUUUUGACCUGACCUAACUCUGCUAGGACAAAGACUCUGGUUUCAGCUCCAUCGAACCAUGGUGGUCUUGGCUGUGGUUCUAACUAGUGCUGCCUUCACCCUGCCUUUCAUAUAUGGGAAAGGAUGGAGCAAGGUUGCAGGCUCUCACCCUUACAUAGGCUGCACCAUCAUGGCUCUGUCUGUCAUCCAUCCAGAUAUGGCAAUUCUCAGACCAGUCCCGGAGUCCCCCAGGAACAUCUUCAGCUGGCUACAAUUUGGAGCAGGCACGGCUAGCCAGAUACUUGCUACGGCAGGUGUCUUCCUGGGUGCUACUCAGUAGGCGCUGCUGUUACCCAGUCCCUGGUCUCCUGCAGUGCUGACUGAAUGGCUAUGGACUGUGAUCAUGCUGGCAGACCUGCUGCUACUAAUCCACCCCUGCAGACUCAUAAGAAACAGCAACAGUGAUAACACAGAGAAUAUCUUGUUUGCUCAGUUUGAAAGGUGGCAGCACGGAGAGAUUUCCAAAGUCAAGAAGAUGGUGUUAAUGGUGUUCCUAAUAGGAAAUACAGGGUUCCUGUCGUUUAUAAAAGCUAUUGCAAGUUUAUAA